UUUAUCUCAGUGUCGUUGUGAGCGCGUUGCUUCUACAUUGGCUCCACAACGGCUGAAGUUAAAAACAUUUUUAUGUGUUCUUAAAUCGGUUAAUUUGCAUUUUUCCAAGAACAGUCGACGCUGAAAGACAUCAUUUUACAAAUUAAGUGUUCUCAAUACCCUGAAACACGAACAUGAUCACCAGAAAAAGAGGAAGAAGCAGCGUUAACACCAAUACCACAUGUUCAAGCACUUCCCACGAGACUGUUGAUGCUUCAAAAACCUACAGUAGUGCAAGUGAAACAAACACGCACACCUCUCCAGAAAGCGACACCAAUGAUUGGGGCCUGGAUGAUCUGCUUGGCUCCGAGUUCAACUGGGACCUGGACAAGGAUAUGCUUGACGCUUUCAGCAGCUUUGAAUCGCAGACAUCAUCCUACAAUGAGACAAACCAAAGUGCAGAGCUUGAUGUUUCUGCAUCGCGUGCGGCCCAAAGGUCAAAACUACUAGACGUCUCCGGUCGGAUGAUCAACAAGAACGCCAUAGCUGCAAGGAUAAACCGAUUAAAGAAGAAAGAAUACGUCAGUGGCUUGGAGCAGAGAGUUGGCUCUUUGACAACAGAAAACCGCGUGCUCAAGCAGGAAAACGGAAAUCUCAACAAGAGAGUGGAAGAGUUGGAGAAUGAAACUAGGUACUUGAGAGCCGUGUUGGCUAAUGAGAGCAUGCUGGCUCAGCUGUUGUCUAGAUUGAGCGGUGUGAACGGCAUGAAAUUUUCUACCUCGCUUUUCCAGGAACCCAAUGAGAACGACCACGAUUAUGCCAUGCCGAUGAAGAGGGUGAAGGUGGAAGACAAAGAAACUGCAGGUGGCAUCUGCCUGCAUGUGGACAAAGACCACGUCUCGGUGGAAUUCUGCACCAAGUGUGCAGAGAGUUCAAGCUUGUCACAUAAAAUGUAGGGUCAAGUAUUUUACCUUUUCACCGUUUCCAAGACUGAACUUUACACAAGAUGUAAAUGAGGGGACAUGACGACAGUAGUUGUCAAAGAUAGUUAACUGUUUAAAUAUAUGCAGAGCUUGAAUAGCAUGUCUGUUGAACUUGCUUUCAAUACAAGUUACUGCUAAACUUGUUGACAGUUUUCUUCUAGGUGCUUGGUCCGCCCAUGCUGAACGACCGGGUCACAGAACAUCCAUGACUGCUGAAAUCCAUGUGGAUUUUGCUGUGGGGGAAAACAGAAGAGUCGGGACCUGCAGCUUGCAUCAUGGCCUGGUAAAUUUAAGAAAGGUAGUACAUGAAAGUGUAAGUUACAGCUUUUACUGACUCUUAUCACACCCCUAAAGAUGUCAGAUGCUGAUGUAUUCAUUUAGCAUCUAAAUGAGUAUUGAUAAGUCUUGUUUUAAUGUAUGCUUACAAGACAUUGAAUGACUAUGUUAAAUCCAUGUGUUCCAUCUUGAUUUGUUAACUUUUUGGGGUGUUCUCUAUAAGUUGCCCUGAUUUGAGUUAAAGAAAUGGCAUGUUCUUAAAGGGUUAUGGUUUCUAAAAAAUGCUCAUCUAUAUGUUAUGUAUUACAAAUCUAAAGACUAUGCAGGCACAUGGCUGCAUCUGUUCUGAAAUAAAAUGUAAUAAAUUUUCAUUUGAGUAAUGCAAA